CUCCGUUCCCUCUCCAUUCUCUCCCCCCAUACCCACUGUGACUCUCCCUCUCCUCCGACCUAUCUAAUUAUCCUCUCCCCCCACGAUUUCUCCUACUCCUCCCGUCACCCCCACUACUUUUCAACCCUCAUCACCCCGCAUCCGGCUAUCCCUUGCCACAUCCCCAACAACUCGCUCCUCCCAAUCAAAGCCAGGGAAGCAAGCCACACUCUAAAACCUUAAAGCAAAACUUUAAGAUUCCUAACCUCACAACUCUCCCCGAAUCCGUCAUGUCCAACGAAGUCGCCGAUAACCACGACGGUUCUCCUGCUGGCGAUGAAUCACUUUUCGAUAACUCUUUUCAAAACUUGAAUGUCAACGAUGAUCCUCACGACGGGGACCACGAGGGAGCUCGUACCGAGGAAGAGUAUGCCCAAUCGCCGCUCACACUCCGCGCAAUUGUUUCGUCCAAGGAGGCUGGCGUGAUAAUUGGCAAGGCUGGAAAAAAUGUUGCCGACCUGAGGGAGGAGACUGGCGUGAAGGCUGGUGUGAGCAAAGUGGUUACCGGAAUCUCGGAUAGAGUUCUUACUGUUACUGGGCCUUUGGAAGGAGUGGCCAAGGCCUAUGCAAUGGUGUCUCAGACUUUGCUCGAUAGCCCUCCAAGUACAAUCAGCGGUGCACCUCCUGGACCCGGAAGUAUGUGAUGUUUUUAAUAUUGUCCCCCCCUUCCCCUCUGCGUCGAUUUUUCAAUAUUGGCCUCUCUCCCAACAUACGUUUCUUAGGCUAACAGGAGAUUCCGAUCGCUCAGCUCUCCGCCUGCUCAUCUCCCACAAUCAAAUGGGAACUAUCAUCGGCCGUCAAGGAUUGAAGAUCAAGCAUAUUCAGGAUGUCUCUGGAACCCGUAUGACUGCUGCUAAGGAAAUGCUCCCUCAAUCGACUGAACGCGUGGUUGAUGUUGCUGGAGAUCCUGAAUCUAUUCGUGCAGCCAUCUGGGAAAUUGGGAAAUGCCUUGUCGAUGACUGGCAGAGGGGUACUGGAACUGUUCUGUAUAAUCCCGCAGUCCGCAGUCCUGGUGGUUCUAGCGGUAUUGGAAUGGGCAAUGGGAUGGGCGGGGGUGAUAGAUACGGCAGUGAACGCGGAAACACUCGCUCCUACGCUCGCACUGGAAAUGGUGCAGACUUUUCUGACAACUCACCUCCCUAUCGUCGCCAUGAUGGUCCUUCCGGGCGCCCUUCCGACCGUUCCCCAGCCUCUUCGAAUACCCAAGCCAUGCACACCGACGAUGGAGAGGAAAUUCAGACUCAAAAUAUCUCGAUCCCCGCUGACAUGGUUGGAUGCAUUAUCGGCCGCGGAGGAAGCAAGAUUCAGGAGAUUCGCAGGAGUUCUGGUGCCAGGAUCAGCAUUGCCAAGACACCACACGACGAUACUGGAGAGAGAAUGUUUACCAUCAUGGGAAGUGCCAGCAGCAACGAAAAGGCACUUUACCUGCUUUACGAGAAUCUUGAAGCCGAGAAGUUGAGGAGGAGCAGUUCAGGAAGUCCUAACCACGAGCUUGAAUAG